AUGCUUCCUUCGGCUGCCGAUGACCAUUCUCCAAUGCUCGUCUCGCCCAAUCCUGCCCGUGGUCAGGUCAUGGAACGCGCUCGUGUUCAUGUUUGGGGUGGGAACCAUAAGGGGGUUGUCGUCGGGUUUGAUCCAUUCAUGGAGAUACAAAUCCGGACAGCACCCAUUUAUGUCGAAGGGCUUGGACGUGUAGAUGGUCGGGUCAAGGGCGACCCAGUUGAUGAGGUCCUUGGAGAUAGACAGAGGGGCGGGGAGAGGGUCUGGAGAAUUUCUGUUUGCAGCUGUAGAGACCGCAGCGCAGAAGGUCUUCCUCCACCAGCCGCAAGAGAGCACCCGCAGAAUCGAGAACAGAUUGUAGCCUGCCUUCCUGGAGAGAACAACACCGCACGUGAGAGAGAGCCUUCAGCCGCGCAGGAGAGUGAGGGGUUUAUUCUUCUUAUCAGCCGCGAGUCUUCAGCAGUCGAGUGGGAGUGUGAGGAGCGCGCGCGAGAGGGAGACGGUAGGAGGUGCGUGUUUGGCGUUGGGGAUCUCCAGCGGAGGUGCAUGCUCAGGUGCGGGGAGGGGGGUUUUCUUGGAUUAUUCUUGGGCUGAUUUCCAGAGUAGAUCGGUAAGACAAGAAAGGAUAAAUUUGUGUGUACUUAUAUUUAUUUCCACCAAUUUAAUAUAGUGUCUCAGGAGGUGAGUUUCUGUUA